GAAGUUAUCAAUGAACUCCAGUGCGGAAGUGGUCGUCAUCGUAAGAGGUUGUGAGUUGGAGGCUGUGAGCUGACAGAUAUGAGAAAACGGCCGCAACUCUGGCAGUAGAACAACUGGUGCUUCGGAGGUUUGAAUGAAAGAAGGUGUUUCCUCCGUCGGUCGUUUGAAACCCGAAAAUGUCGUGGAUACGAGAAGGUAAAUUAAACCUGCUUGAAAGGAUUUCUGCCAAUAUCCUAAUGGCAGGACCCAUGCCUAAACACGUGGCCUUCAUCAUGGAUGGGAAUCGACGCUUCGCACGUAAGAAACACAUGGAACGCCAAGAUGGCCAUAUGCAAGGAUUCAACAAGCUGGCAGAGACCUUACUUUGGUGCAAGCACCUCAGCAUCCCGGAAGUGACGGUGUACGCCUUCAGCAUUGAGAACUUCAAGCGCUCCAAAGAGGAGGUGGACGGGCUGUUGGAGCUGGCCAGACAGAAGUUUGAGAAGCUGUUGGAAGAACAGGAAAAUCUGGAAAAACACGGUGUUUGUAUCAGAGUGCUGGGCGACUUGAAUAUGUUGCCGUUAGACCUUCAGCAGGUUAUUGCCAAAGCUGUGAUAAUGACAAAGAACCACAAUAAGUGCUUUCUCAAUGUGUGCUUCGCCUAUACGUCAAGAUAUGAAAUUACCAAUGCGGUCAGGGAAAUGGCUUCGGGAGUGGAGCAGGGCCUGAUCAAAGCAAGCGAUGUUUCAGAGGCGUUGCUAAGUGAAUGCCUGUACAGCAAUGACUCUCCCAAUCCUGAUUUGCUCAUCCGCACCUCAGGAGAGGUGCGCCUCAGCGACUUUCUCCUUUGGCAGACAUCCCAUUCCUGCCUAGUGUUUCAGUCGGUUCUGUGGCCAGAAUAUUCCUUCUGGAACCUGUGUGAAGCUGUUGUUCAGUAUCAGUUAAAUCAUAAAUCCAUCCAGAAAGCCAGAGAGCUCCAUCUAGAGGAACAGGCCCUUCAGCAGCUCGAGGCAGAUUGUGCCUCUGUAGCAGAGCACCUGCAACAUCAGGGGAAUGGAAAGCCAGCCGAUGCCCAAAGAAGACAAGAGGCACUGCGGCACUACAUCAUCGCUCGGGAAGCACGAGUUCAGGACUUCCUGCAAUCCCUGAAGCGCAAGAGAGACUCUUUCUUUACCGACUUAUGUAGUGAAACUGUUCUGACCUAGGAACGUUUUAGAAACUAAUCUACAGGUGAAGUAGGAAUAACACCCCUCCAUUCUUUUUUCUUAAAAGCACUUCUGAGGAACAAGGAAGAGCAAACAUUGACUUCAGGUGGUUUUAUGUUGUUGCUGAUUUGUAUAAAACAAGAGGACAAUGUUUACCCCUAUGGGGCAGUAGACUUAAGGAUAUAUAUUUAUGAUUGUAGAUUUGCAAAAUCUAACAAGCGGGAAUGUCUGGUCAAGAUGUAGUAAAAUAGUUGUGCAAACCGUCUGUGAAACGCAUGUCGUUGAGUGAAAAGUCUAAAGGUGGGUGAAAGCCACGCACCCUGUGCUUUGGACAUGCUUCCAACACAGUUCUCUCCAGUACCUAAUGCAGUGUGAUAUUUUUGUUGCUGAAAGUGUUGUUUAAAUGUGUUUUUUUUUUAAUGACAACUAUAUUUUGACCAGCUUUCUCAAACAAUAAAUUGAGAACUAUAAAUCAGAAA